CUCCGGUCCUGGUGGGCGUAGUACCCGAUUCGCGUCCUCCAAACCUACCUGGAUUAUGGGUUUACGCGUUUACUCCCGAUUCUUCUAUAAAACCCUAGGGGCGUUUUAGCAAUUUUCCAAUCUCCCUCCCAAAACCCUAUAAAAUGAUAUUUCUUUUCUUUCAAAGCCGUAGUUUUUAUUUUUUUUAUUUAUAGCAAUUUCCUUCUUCCGCCAAAAACCUAGAAAUCCAUCCAAUUCAGGAAAUCUCCUCCCGUAUUCGAUGGCAUCUGAACCAUCCGAACGGAAGAGCCGUCUCUAUCAUCCCUAUCAAGAUCUCGAAAUGCCAAUCCAGAACCUCUACCAUCUCCCAACCUCACCGGAAUUCCUCUUCCACGAGGAAGCCGCCGUCCAACGCCGCUCCUGGGGCGAGAACCUCCAGUACUACACUGGCUGCGGAUACCUCACCGGCGCCAUCGUGGGCGGUGCCAAGGGAUCGAUUGAGGGGUUCAGAUCCGCUGAGCCCAGCGACACCAUGAAGCUGCGGAUCAACCGCGUCUUGAAUUCUUCCGGGCAUGCUGGGCGGAGCCUUGGCAAUUCACUGGGCGUUGUCGGGCUGAUCUUCGCCGGGCUGGAGAGCGGUCUUGUCGCGGCCAGGGGGACGGACGAUCUCAUGAACAGCGUCUUGGCAGGGUUGGGCACGGGCGCGUUUUACAGGGCCGCAUCUGGGAUGCGGUCAGCUGCAGUGGCUGGUGCGAUCGGAGGGCUGGCUGCAGGCGUGGUUGUUGCGGGUAAGCAGGCAAUCAAGAGAUACAUUCCUAUCUAGAGAUUCUCCGGUCAUUUGAAUUCCGAUGGAAUCGCAUGAGGUUUUGGGUUUUCGGGGUGCAUCCUGGAUGUUUGAUAUUUGGUUUUGAUCAUUCGAUGGGAUUUUUAUUGCUUUAAUAGUAAUAUAUGUAGAACAAUUUGCCGAUUUGACUUUUUGAUACUGAAAAUUUUGGAGGGCAGCAGUGCUUUAUAUUGAUUGA